AUGGCUUUGUCGGAACUUUAUACGAAGUACAACAGAGUGUGGAUACCGGAUGAAGAGCAUGUCUGGAAGUCAGCAGAGAUCCUGAGAGACUUCAAACCUGGAGAUGAUACUUUACAACUGCAGCUUGAGGAUGGCACUGAGAUGCUGUACUCCCUGGACACAUCCAGUCCUCAGCUCCCUCACCUCCGCAACCCUGAUAUCCUGGUGGGGGAGAAUGACCUGACAGCUCUCAGCUACCUCCACGAACCAGCAGUUCUACACAAUCUCAAAGUGCGCUUCGUGGAGUCCAAGAUCAUCUACACGUACUGUGGAAUCAUCCUGGUGGCUGUGAACCCAUACAAGCAGCUUCACAUCUAUGGAGAUGCAGUCAUCCAUGCCUACAGUGGACAGAACAUGGGAGAUAUGGAUCCUCACAUAUUCGCUGUGGCAGAGGAGGCUUACAAACAGAUGGCCAGGAACAAUAAGAACCAGUCUAUCAUAGUGAGUGGUGAGUCUGGAGCGGGCAAGACUGUGUCUGCUAGAUAUGCCAUGAGGUACUUCGCUAUGGUCAGCAAGUCUGGCAGCAAAACACACGUGGAAGACAAAGUUCUGGCAUCCAACCCAAUAACUGAGGCUAUAGGAAAUGCCAAGACGACCAGGAACGACAACAGCAGUCGCUUUGGGAAGUACACGGAGAUCAGCUUCGACAGGAGAUAUCAGAUCAUCGGGGCCAACAUGAGGACGUAUCUCCUGGAGAAAUCUAGAGUGGUUUCCCAGUCAGAGAGUGAGAGAAACUAUCACAUCUUCUAUCAGAUGUGUGCCUGUGCAGACCAGCCUGAGUUCAAGAGCCUGAGACUGUGUGAGGCAGAUGAGUUCAGGUACACCAGUAUGGGAGGGGAGACUGCUAUCGAGGGCGUGGACGAUAGGAAGGACAUGGAGGAGACAUGCAGGACCUUCUCUCUGUUGGGGUUAACCGAGGACUUCCAGGCUGGUGUGUUCAAGGUGCUGGCUGGGAUUCUACACCUGGGAAAUGUAGAGAUCAGAAACGUUGGCUCAGACAGGUCAUCAAUUAGUUCCAGUGAUCCUCACAUGGCAGCCUUUUGCGACCUUCUCGGGGUCAGUCCUGACGGUGUUACCCGUUGGCUGUGCCACCGCCGCUUCGUCAUGGUGGCAGAGACGGUGGUGAAGCCGGUAACCAGCAAGCGGGCGGUGAACGCCAGAGAUGCCCUCGCCAAGCAGAUCUACGCCCACCUGUUCGACUGCGUCAUCCAGAAGAUCAACGCCGUCCUGCAGGUCCCUGGGAAACAGCACUCCUUCAUAGGUGUCCUGGACAUCUACGGCUUUGAGACAUUUGACGUCAACAGUUUUGAACAGUUUUGCAUCAAUUACGCCAACGAGAAACUGCAACAACAGUUCAACUUGCAUGUGUUCAAGCUGGAGCAGGAGGAGUACAUGAAGGAGGAUAUUCCCUGGACGCUGAUAGACUUCUAUGACAACCAGCCGGUCAUUGACCUGAUUGAAGCUAAAAUGGGCAUCCUGGACCUGCUGGAUGAAGAAUGUCUGUUCCCCCAGGGUACAGAUCAGAACUGGCUUCAGAAGCUGUAUAACUACCUGGCUGACAACCCUCUGUUUGAGAAGCCAAGGAUGUCCAACGAAGCCUUCAUCAUCCAACACUUUGCUGACAAGGUAGAAUAUCAGUGCUGGGGCUUUCUAGAGAAGAACAGAGACAUGCUGUAUGAAGAGCUGAUAGACACCAUGAGAACCAGUAAGUUUCCUCUCCUGGCCAACUUCUUCCUGGAGGAGGAGUCAGGCGGAGUGGGCAGUAGAGGCAUUAAAGUGAGGCCUGCCCGGCCGGGGGUGAAACCAACCAAUAAGAAUCUCCGGACCACCGUGGGUGAGAAGUUCCGCAGUUCUCUGUACCUGCUGAUGGAGACGCUGAACGCCACCACCCCUCACUACGUACGCUGCAUCAAGCCCAACGAGGAAAAGAUGCCGUUCGAGUAUGACUCUAAGCGGGUGGUCCAGCAGCUGAGGGCGUGUGGAGUCCUGGAAACCAUUCACAUCAGCGCUCAGAGCUACCCCUCCAGGUGGACGUACAUAGAGUUCUACAGCCGGUACAGUAUACUGAUGAGCCAACAGGAGGUGGUUCUCACCGACAAGAAGCAGACUUGUAGGACGGUGCUGCAGAGGCUGAUUCAGGACUCCAACCAGUACAAGUUUGGCCGGACCAAGAUCUUCUUCCGAGCGGGUCAGGUGGCGUACUUGGAGAAGCUGCGAUUGGACCGUCUCCGAGGGGCGUGUGUGACCAUCCAGAAGCAUGUGAGGGGGUGGAGACACAGGAGGACGUUCCUCCGUAUGAGGGAGGCGGCCAUCAUCCUGCAACAGUACGUCCGCGGACAGAGACGGAUACGUAAAUCGGUGACGGCUGCAGCGUUGAAGCAGGGCUGGGCUGUUGUGGUCAUUCAGCGGUAUUGGAGAGGUUAUUUAACCAGACAGAUCUAUAGAAUUGUCCGGUCCUCCACUAUCAUCAUCCAAGCCUUCACUAGAGGCUGGAUCGCCAGGAAACGCUAUAAAAAGAUGGUGGAGGUGCAGAAAGCACUAAUCUUACAGAAGUAUGCCCGGGCAUGGCUGGCCAGGAGACGCUUCCAGACCCUGCGUCGCCUGGUACACAACGUGCAGCUCUCCUACAGGUGCCAGCAGCUCCGGAAGAAACUGGAGGAUCAGGGCAAAGAGAACCGUGGGUUGCUCGAGAGGCUGACAAGUCUGGCCGGUGCUCACGCCCAAGGUCUCGACAAGCUGCACGGUCUGGAGGCCCAGCUGGGGAAAUCGGCCACUGAGAAGGCUUCGCUAGAGGAGCGAGAGAAGAAGAGCAAGGAGGACGCCGCCAAGACGAUCGCCCAGCUUCAACAGGAAAAAGACAUGUUCAUCGUGGAAAAGCAGGACUUGGAAAAGAAGCUUGCAGAUACAGCAACAGAGAUGAAAGACAGCUUCGAUCAAAUCAAGACAACUCUGAAAGAAGAUUUGGAACGAGAAGAAAGAUUGAGGAAGAUUGCAGAGAACAACCUUGACCUGCAGAAGGAGGACCAUGAGAAGGAGGUGGAGGUUCUGAGGGAGGAGAACAGGAGAUUGAAGGAGGAGAGAGUCCGCCUGCAGAGACAGACGGAGGAGGGGGCGCAGGUCAACACUGAUCUACAGGACCAGGUCAUACAGCUCACCAAGCACGUCAAGGUGAGGUUCAAAGGUCAUUGGUCAUACAGCUCACCAAGCACGUCAAGGUUGACCUCCGAUGGGCCUGACCAGAUAUAUGAAGCCGGGGAUCUGUUGACGGCUUUUGAUGGGCUGCAGAAAGCUACCAGAGUGCUGGAGAGAAAGCAGAAGGAACAGAAAGAGGUCUCCGACAGCCAGAUGGAGGGGCUGACGUUCAAGGUGGAACACCUGCAGAACGAAAACAAUCAGCUGCAGAAACUGUUCCAGGAGAAAAUGUCUGUCAACGACAGCAUCGGCCAGGAAGUGACCAGGCUGAACCAGGAAAACAUGGUCAUACCUGAGCUGAAGCAGACGGUGUCAGAGCUACAACGACAUAAACAGGAACUGGAAGACCAACUGGAGGAGCAGGCCAGAGGGAUGACAGAAAAAAUUGAGGAGAUGUCAAAAAAGCUUCAGAUGAAUGUUGAAGAGGAAGCCUCCCAACGCAGGCUGUUGGAGCAGCAUGAGCAGGUGGAGCGGGAGAAGGAGGAGGUGGAGAGGAAGGUGGAGGAGCUGGAGGAGGUGCUCAGGAGACAGAAGAACACUGAGACCGAGGCCAAGACCAGAUUCACUCAGGAGGCAUCACGACUCACUGCAGAGAACAUGGACUUUGAAGAACAGCUCGACAUGAAGGAUCGGUUGAUAAGGAAGCUACAAAAUAAAAUGAAGAGUCUUCAAACAUCCGAGAAAGCCAAUCAAACGCCAGCGCCCACUAUUCCCAAAGAAUACCUCGGGAUGUUGGAGUACAAGAGGGAGGAUGAACCCAAGCUCAUUCAAUACAUAAUUCUGGACCUGAAACCCAGGGGUGUGGUGGUCAACAUGAUCCCCAACAUGGCCGCCCAGCUUCUCUUCAUGUGUGUCCGCCAUGCUGACUACCUCAACGACGGAGCCAAGCUCAAGUCUCUCAUGAACGCCAUAAUCAGCGGUGUUAAGAAGGUCGUCACGGAUCACCAAGCAGACUUUGAAUUGCUGUCAUUCUGGCUCUCCAACAUGUACCACAUGUUGAACUGUCUGAAGCAGUACAGUGGAGAGGAGGAGUUUAUGAAACAGAACAGUCCGCGUCAGAAUAAGAACUGCUUGCAGAACUUUGACUUGUCUGAACACAGACAGAUCUUCAGUGAUCUGGCCAUCCGUAUCUAUCACCACUUUAUAUCUGUCAUGGAGAAGACCCUUAUACCUAUGAUCGUUCCUGGUAUGCUGGAACAUGAGAGUCUCCAGGGAAUCUCUAGUAUGAAGCCUACAGGCUUCCGUAAGCGAUCCAGCAGUAUCUAUGAGGACCAGGAGGUCUACACCAUCUCUUCUCUCCUCCAGCAGCUCAGUCUGUACCACAGCACUAUGAGUCAGCACGGCAUGGAGGAGGGGUUGGUCAGACAGGCUGUGAAACAGACUUUCUUCCUGGUGGGUGCGGCCACACUCAACAACAUCCUGCUACGCAAAGACAUGUGCUCCUGUAGGAAGGGCAUGCAGAUCAGGUGUAACAUCAGUUACCUGGAGGAGUGGCUGAAGGAGAAGGACCUUGUGCAGGGUACCAGUGCCAUGGAAACUCUGAAGCCUCUGUGUCAGGCUGCCUGGCUGCUGCAGGUCAACAAGACCACUGAUGACGACGCCAAGGAAAUCAUAGAACAAUGCUCUGAACUCAACACUGUACAGAUUGUCAAGAUUCUGAAUUCUUACACUCCCAUUGAUGAUUUUGAGAAACGGGUGGCGCCGUCGUUUGUCCGCAAAGUUCAGGGCUUGCUCCAGGACCGUGAGGGGGGAUCCUCCCAGCUGAUGCUAGACACUCAGUAUCGUUUCCAGGUCACCUUCCCCUUCACCCCGUCCUCUCAGGCCCUGGAGCUACUACAACUGCCAUCCAGCCUCAGACUGGGCUUCAUCACCAGGGUCUAACCCCUGACCUCUGACCCCUUCACCCCGUCCUCUCAGGCCCUGGAGCUACUACAACUGCCAUCCAGCCUCAGACUGGGCUUCAUCACCAGGGUCUAACCCCUGACCUCUGACCCCUUCACCCCAUCCUCUCAGGCCCUGGAGCUACUACAACUGCCAUCCAGCCUCAGACUGGGCUUCAUCACCAGGGUCUAACCCCUGACCUCUGGGGGAGGCGGUAGCCUUGACUUUAGAGAAGCGGUCCAGUAACCUAAAGGUUGCCGGUUUGAAUCCCAGGGAUGACGGGGGAAAAGCUGGCAGGAGUGAGGUGCCACUGUCCGCCAGUGUCUCGGCUGCCACCAACUGCCAUUGUAGCCAAAUAGCCUUGUAAAAAUGAUUUAGUUGUUUUCAUUUACACUCGUAAUACAGUUUUGAUAAGAAAUAUUACGCCGAUGCCUGAUGAAUGUGUGACGUAAAUGCAGAUGCUGUUGCAGAGCUAAAUGCUUGGUAGUAUAGUGACAAACCUUACUUCUCAGCUGGAUGAGAUGAGACAUGCUUGGUAGUAUAGUGACAAACCUUACUUCUCAGCUAGAUGAGAUGAGACAUGCUUGGUAGUAUAGUGACAAACCUUACUUCUCAGCUAGAUGAGAUGAGACAUGCUUGGUAGUAUAGUGACAAACCUUACUUCUCAGCUAGAUGAGAUGAGACAUGCUUGGUAGUAUAGUGACAAACCUUACUUCUCAGCUAGAUGAGAUGAGACAUGCUUGGUAGUAUAGUGACAAACCUUACUUCUCAGCUAGAUGAGAUGAGACAUGCUUGGUAGUAUAGUGACAAACCUUCUCAACUAGAUGAGAUGAGACAUGCUUGGUAGUAUAGUGA